AUGGGCGCGUCGGCGGCGCGCCACGGCUCCCAACUGCUGGGGCUGCUGUCGGCGGCGGCGGCGUUUUCGGCGCUCGGCUUCCAAGUGGUGCCCUUUGGCCUGGGCUGGUUCAUCGGCUGGCAAAAUGACGACGCCAUGCUCAACUCGGCGGCCGCCGCUGCGGCGCUCCUGGCGCCGGUCAUGGCGCUGCGGGCGGCCGGCCUGACGCCGCCGUGGCUGCUGCCGUUCCGGCUUGGCGUGAGCGUGUUUGGCAGCGUGUGCCUGCUGUUGGCCGGGCUCAUCCGGUCAUCGGUCUUCGCCCUAUCUGCCACCAGAGGCUCGUCCCUGCGCAUGGCCGAGUUCGUGUGCGUCAACGCGGCCUACGCCGCCAUCUUGGCUGCCUUCAUGGCGGCCGGCGCGCUCCUGGGCAUGCCCUCCUUGCAGGCCAGCGGCACUACAUUCCUCUUCCUGUACGCAAGCGAGAAGGCAUGGGAGCUUGCAUACCAAGUUAAGGACGCCCGGGCGCUGUGGGUGCUGGGGUUUGCGGCUUCCGUGGCGAUGUGGCGGGUGGGGCUGUUCCUGUCUUCGCACCCCGGGUGGCUGGCGUCGGUCAUUGGCGUCGGCGACGGGCUGCUGCCGCCGCCGCAGGGCACGCAGGCGGCAUGA